AUGCUAGUCAAGAUUUGUGGAGUUAAAGAUGUCGAGGCAGCUCAAGUUGCACUAGAAUCAGGUGCAGACAUGAUUGGAAUGAUUUUCGUGCCUGGUAAACCAAGAACUAUUCAAGUAUCAAAUGCUAAAGAAGUUGUAUCAUUAGUUGAAUCAAAAAGGAAAGGUUUAAAUUCUAAUGAACUAUAUGAUUCAUUAAAGCCAGGUCAAGAUAGUUUAUGGUUUGAACAAGUUCAUGAUUCUAUUAAAUCUAAUGGACCUUAUAGUGUGGGAGUUUUCAGAAAUCAAAGUAUAGAGGAGAUUAAUAAUAUAAUUGAAGAAGUUGAUAUUGAUUUUGUUCAAUUACAUGGACAAGAAUCUCAUGAUGAAUAUAUUCCACAAUUGAAAAAACCAGUGAUAACGAGAUUCGUACCAAAUGAAACAAAAGUUUUACAAAGUUUAAAACCAAAUAAACAUUUAUUACCAUUGUUUGAUAGUGAAGCUGGUGGUGAAGGUGUGAAAUUAAAUUGGUCCAACUUGAGUGAUUGGUCUGCAAAGAACAAUGCUAGAUAUUUAUUAGCUGGUGGGUUAACACCUGAUAAUGUUCAUGAAGCUAUUAAAUUGGAUGGUGUUAUUGGAGUUGAUGUUUCUGGAGGUGUUGAAACUAAUGGUGUUAAAGAUUAUGUAAAGAUUAAAGAGUUUGUAAAGAAUGCAUUACAAUAA